AUGGAGUCGACCUGGAAACCUGCUGUGCAAAAGGGUGCUCUUCCUGUAUACGACGAGGCGCUCGCCUACGUCGAGGCCGACGCGGCCGCGCAAAAAGCCCGUCUGCAAGCCGUGAAGCAGAGCAACGAGAACGCGGAGCUGGUCGACGCGCUCGAGAUCGCGUCCGAGAUUAACCUCCCGCAUAUCCGUUCGGAAUUCACGAGCGGGACGUACGACCUGCGCCGGCCCGUCUUUCGGCACCUGCGCGAGCAGGCAUGGCGGCUCGGCGGCUCGCUCGACCAGCUCGUGGAGCGUGCGACGCUGAUGAAUGUGCUGCCUGACGUCGUGCCCGAAUUUACGCCGACGGUCGACCUCCAAGUGCUCUUUGGCAGCGGCGCCGGCAUCGGCGACCAUGGCGGCAGCGGCGGCGACAUUCUUCCCGGCAUUUUCCUGUCGCCCGCGCAGACGCGUGCUGCACCGCAGAUCAUUGCGACGGCCUUCCACAACGACGAGCGCAAGUACACCGUGAUGUUGGUGGACCCCGACUCGCCGAGCGACGUGUCCGAGACAUUCCAGACCUAUGUGCACUGGCUGGUGCAAGACGUGCCGCUGUCUGCGUCGCAGUCGUCGCUGCCUGCGUCGCUGAACGAUGUGCUGCCCUACAUCCCCCCCCACCCCCAGCAGGGCACGCCGUACCACCGCUACACGAUGCUUCUCUUUGAGCAGACUGCGCCGGUGUCGCUUGGCGAAGUCCCUCGCGAGCAGAUGGACGUGGCUGCCUUUGCUGUCCAGCACCAGCUGCAGCUGCGUGGCCUGCACUUUUGGCGCGCGCGCUGGACUGAGGCGAACAAAAAGGAGGUGUCGGCGAUCUACAACGACAUCCUCCAGAUUCCCGAGCCGCGGUAUGGCUACGUCCCUCGCCAGGACAAGCUGAAGGACGCGCUCGGUGUGCGUCAUAGCAAGUACUAUUAA